GAAAUUCGGCCAUGGUAUGGAUGAGGAAGAAGAAAAAAUAACAAACACACUGAUAGAGAACGAGACGGAUGGGUGAAUCGAGAGAAGAAAAAAUAAAAACAAUGAGAGAAUCUGACAGCUGUUUUUUUCUCUCUUCAAUUUGUAAUACAUCGUGAAUAUGACAGUUGUUCACAGCUACAUGCUAUGAGUGGUGUUGAGCAAUCGAGCAAGCGAGUGAGAUAGCAAAAGAGAGCACACGGAGAGGAAAAAAAAAACAAUGAAAAAAAUUCAGUCAUACUUAUUUUACGUCGAUGCAAAUGUUAUGUGAUUGGAGAUGUGAGUGAAAAAUAUCAUAUGUGUGAUCGGAGCAAGAGAAACGAGAACAAAGCAAAAAUAUUCGCAGCACAGUGAGAAAGUUGGAAGCGACAGUGAAGACGACGACGCAAUAGAAAUUGUUUUUUUUAUCAUCAACAAAUUGAUUUGGGCGAGAGGGAAAACACACUACAGAAAAAAAGCCAAGAAAUCGUCUGAACAAUGACGUUUCGACGUAAUAAAUUGAUUGGUCGCCAGAUCGGCUGUAUCCGCACGAAAUAUUGAUUCAAUAUGACGGCAAAUUUUCCAAUUCACUAGACAUUUCCACAUUUCGUGUGUUUGUAUAAUUAAUUUAAGUGCUGUUAAUGCUCCUUUCCUCGAGUGUGUGUGUGUGUUUACAUUUUUGGUGGAUGACAAAGAGUGAAAAAUACGGAAUAGUCAAAUGUCAAAGUACUAAGUGCAAUAUCAAAAGUGGAAAAACAAUUUGCUAUCCUUGUUUGUACUGAAGUGAAGUUAACUAGCAAAGCAAACAGAAACAAAAACUUUUCAUUUUAAACGAAAUUCAAACGAUGACAUCUUACUUUGAAUCGAAUGCGAUUAUUUGCGCAUUUUGUGAAAUGAAUUUUUUGUGAUAUUGAUAAAAGUACUAAACGACAUAUGGUGAAUCAAUUUUAGACCGUUUGAUGCAAGAGAUUGGUUGUGCACUCAAAGCGAACAGCAUAUUGGACUGGACUGAAGGCAACUGCUUCUUCUUCUUCUUCAGUGAAUAAAUUGUGCGAUGUGAAAGCCAGGACUGAAACUUCUAUAAAUUUGUUACAAUUUUAUUGAGGCAUAUCUAUUGAAAAAAUUAAAAUCAAAGCCAAAACCUAUCGGUCGAUGGUCUUGCAUCGUUUUUAUUAACGACACAGAACAAAUAAAUUAGCAACUACAUUUCGAUUUUGUUUACAACAAUCAAACACCGCACGUUGCAAUGCAUCGAAUUAUCGCGUCGUUGGCUUUCACAUUUAUAGUGUUUGUACAAACAACCAAGUCAGAUGUACUGGUUUACUCACAAUAUAACAAUCAGCAAAUUGUUGAAGAGUUUCACGAUUUGCCCUCUCGAUUCGGUACCGCAUUUCCAGUCAAUGGAUUACGUGGCCUUGCGGCCUAUUCGAAUCCAUCAAAUGCAUGCACGCCUAUCAACCCACCACCACAGAAUUCAACCAAAGCCAAAUGGAUCGUUCUUAUUUCUAGGGGUGAAUGUUCUUUUGAGAUAAAGGUGCGAAAUGCUCAAUCGGCUGGCUUUAGUGCUGCCAUAGUUCACAAUGUUGGCAGCGAAGACCUCGAAUCAAUGUCUGCGAACAAUGACGAUGGCAUCGACAUUCCGUCAAUGUUCGUUGGAGAACAAACUGGUCGAAUAAUUAUGGUCAAUUACUUGUAUGAUAAUGGAUUCGUACUCGUGCUGAACGAUGAUCUGCCUUUCAAUAUAAAUACCCAUUUGAUAGUCCCGUUCGCUAUUGUGGUUGCCUUAUGUUUUAUCGUUAUGAUUGGCUUCAUGAUAAUGAAAUGCUUGAACGAACAGCGAAGACUUCGUCGGCAUAGGCUACCGGGAUCAGUGCUAAAGAAAAUUCCAAUCAUUCGAUUCGUGAAAGAGGAACACAUGUCACUCUAUGAAAUUUGUGCCAUCUGUAUUGAGGAUUAUGUGGAUGGAGAUCGAUUGCGCGUGUUGCCGUGUUCACAUGCUUAUCACAAUAAAUGCAUUGAUCCAUGGCUUACGAAGAAUCGUCGGGUUUGCCCGAUUUGCAAACGGAAGGUAUUUGCACGUGGUGAGCCCAGGCGACGUAGACGACGAUCAACGGAUGAUAGUAUGAGCGAUUCGGAUCAAGAUGAUACCACUCCACUAAUCAAUCCCGUUGACCAUACGAAUUCGCAUGGCACAUUCAAUGCAAUAGCACCACCACAUGAAGAAUCGUCAUCUGAUGGAACCAGUCCACAACAACGUACGAAUCCAUUCAAUCGGCAACCAACUUUAGACAUACCGAAUGCAGAUGUCGUCGAAUCUGAAUCGAUUUGGUCAAGGAUAUUGAGCGUGUUCCAUAUGCGUGCAAGUGAUGAUCAAGACAAUAGCCAAAAUUUGGAUGGGAAUCAACCGAAUGAUGAUGAAGUUCAAACAAUUAUGUCACAAUCUCAAUCGAAUGAUGCACCAAUCGCUUCAUACGGAUCCUCAAGUAGUAAUAAUGUGAUGAACAUGAAUUUAAGUGGAUCGAUGCAACGAUUCAAUCGAAAUCGUCCAUCCACUAUCCAUUCAAACGAUAGUGACGAUGACGAUGGAAAUUCAACAACACGUUAUCAUGAAUGCAAUGAGAGCCAGACGAUUUUUGCGCCAAUUUCAACGUCACAGCCAGCGAUAAUCAAUCAACAAGUGCCCAGCCAAUCGAUCGCCGGUACAUCGUCACAUCAGCGAAUAGCUGUGGCCGCGUUACCAAACCUAGAUUAUGAUCAAUUCAACUCAAGAGGCUUUUCAGCAUCAUCUCCAUCUCUGUAUUCACAGCCAGAGUCAAGCAGUCGACGAAAUUCUGACGGAUCCGAUCAACGACGUACCGAUUUUGCACGAAAUACAACUGCCGCCAGCAAUAAAUAUUUUGUGUAAAACUUAGAGAGAGAAAAAAACAACAACUUGCUAUUUUCUUAGACGUUUAAAAGUGAUUUAACGUUUGCUGGGCUUAAAUUUUCUUUAUUUGUUUUUUUUUCGUACAACUGGAAAUGUUCGUUGUUUUCACGAAGCGAAAGAGAACAAGAAAAAAGUUGUAAUUUUUUUUAAAAAAAAUUAGUUUUCAAACCUUAUGACAUUGGACAGAAUGCAAAGAGUUCGAAUCCGUAAUUUUAUUAAUUGUGAUUUACAUUGUAAUAGGAAAGAAUGUUUAACAAGGAGGUUUUUGAAUUGAAAUGGAUCAUAGAAAUUCAGAUUGAAGUUAGGAUAUAUUCACAUCCAAAAUGUUAAACAAAGAAAUUAAAAGAGAAAAAAACACACACAUAUAUAUUCAUCGCUCGCCAAGUUCCAAAUACUUACUAAAUCUGGAAAUAGAAAAAAAUAGUUUAUCGAUAAGCAACUCUAACCAAAACAAAAGAAUACACACACAAUAUGUUAUAUUUAAUCAUAAACAAUACAUAAUUUCAGUUUGCAGUGAAAUUUCCGAAAAAGAUGCAAUAGAAUUUAGGAAAAGAGCGCUGAUAUUGCCAUUCUACCAUUCAGGGUUUCAUUUAAAAUACCUAUAUCUAUUCAUGUUUGGAUGGUGUGUCUUGAAUAACUUAAAGUCUUCUCGAAUUAAACAUAUUUGAGACAAGAAACAAACAAACCACAUUCACUGAGUCUUUUACAAAAACUUUAAAUAACUUUAACUACCAAAUAAAUAAAUAAAACAAAACUAAGACAGAAAAUAAAGUUUAAAAAUACAAAUACCUUCGAAACGAGUGGUGACAAUAGCAAUUUUACUUGUCUUUUCGAUAUAUUGUAUGGAGAUUUUUUUUUUGUUACUUUGUAAGUGAGAUACACGAAAGUUAUUAGGCUUUAACAAAAGGAUUAAUAAAAUGAACAAAAAUCUAUCUGAAA